AUGGAAAAGAAACCCGAUUACUUGCGGAGUUUCUAUGGCCUCACCACGAGUAUUUCCACCGACGGUGAUGGACUGAUCGAUGAGAACGCCAGAGCAUGGCUACAAAUUGAUAUUGCCACGUGGGCAGAGCGCAUUCGCAACACCAACAAACAGAUUGAGAAUCUGGACAUCCAGAUGGUAAAAGAGCGCAGCGCCGCUGUUGCUGCCGUUACACAGCUUGAGCGGGUGACUGAAGCGCUGGAGACUGCACAGGCGACCACGGCGGGUAUCAGUCCCGACGAUGUGCCACCCUUGACAAAAUCACAGGCGUUGGCCCUCAUGCAAGAGAUGAGUCACGAAGUGACAAGCAAUGAGCAUGACAUCCAAGUGAUGCAGCAUAUCAUCAACUUCCACAGAAGCAUCACGCUGAUGCUUUGGAGUUCGCAGAAUUUGAGAAAUUCGUCGCUGGCACGGUGGAGAGCGAAGCAGCAGGGCCCGGAGACAACUAAUGGUCUCUGA